AUGAGUUCACCUAACAAAAGGGAUAUUUCGAAAGUUAAAGCUGAAGUUAAAUCUGAAGAGUUAGUAUCAAAAAGGCGUCAUCUUAAUCCAGUUGAGAUUGUGGCUGAUGACGAUUUGAUUGACAAAGCUCUUUCACAAAGGUUAAAUAAUAAUAAUAAUAAUAAUGAUCAGUACGGACAGAAGAGUAGGGUGAGCUCGCAAAUAUCCAUGCAAGAUGAAUCUGGGGAAUCAGUUUCAAGUUCAAGCGAUAGUGACUCAGAUAGCGAUUCGUCGAGCUCAACCGACACAGAAAGUGAUGCUUCCAAGGGUGAUACAGAAUCCACAGAUGAUCCUAUAAGGCGAGAAUUUAGCGAGAAAGAACGUUUCCUCUUACAGUCAAAGUACAGGGAUUUAGACGAAGAGCUCUUAAAGCAGAGAACAAAGAUUGCUCUUGAAGGAGGUGUUCAAAUAGUCACAAAAUCGUUAGCAAAGGCCGAUGAUUUAUUUGCUCAAACAAAGUCAGGAGUGCAGACAAAUAUAGUGGCGAAGGAUUCAUCGACUUUAAGAGAAAUCGGUUAUCAAGCAAGAGUGGCUACAAAAAGUUUACGACUUGGACGAUCCGAAAAGCUUUUGGACUUCAAAGAGUUCAGCAGUAAGUUUAAGGAUAAAUUCGAGUCAGACGAUGGUAUCGUUAGCGAACGUUCUGACUUGAUUCGUGUAAACUGGUUAGAACUUGGAUGUAUGUUCAACAGAUUUUCAAAUCGUGCAGCAACUUGCGAGUUUUUAUUGGGACCUUUGGAAUUGUCAAAGAAGCAAAGACAAGUAAGAAAGAGGGUUGCCGAUGAUUCAAGGAGUAAAAUCACAAAGACUGCCAAUGAAAAAGAGGCCCAAGAAAUUGCUAAUCGUGAAAAGAUGGAUUUGACUACCAAGAACUCGGAAAACUUAUUCAAGCAGCUUCGGACUCGUAAUUUUGAAAAAGUGCCUUUCUUCAACUUUUUUAUUGAUCCUGUGUCAUUUGGGCGGUCUGUCGAAAAUCUCUUUUACACGAGUUUUCUUAUAAAUCAUGAUAAAGUUAUAUUAUCGAGGGAUGAAAACAGUGGACUGCUGUACAUUCAACAGGCAAGUAAUAACACAUUACAGAAUCAUCCUAGAUUUAUCACCAAAGAUGAUUCCAAGUCGCAUAUAAUAUUUGAUCUUGAUUAUAACACAUGGAAGCGAAUCGUCGAAAUUUACGAAAUCAAGGAGGCAUUUCUGAAGGCGGCUUAA